CCCGUGACAACAGACCUUUCCCCCUUCUCUCAGCUGACUUAGCAGCAGUGCUGCUGGGUGUGGAAGAUUAAUCUGUGACUGGAAGCUGCCUCUUUCAGAGCAGUGACCUGCUGUAGUCAGCACAGCCUCUGCAAGCCUGGCCCAGGAGUCUGCCCACUGCUGGCCCCCUGCUCCUUCCAUGGGGCGCCUUGCGGUCCUCCUCUUCCUGCUGGGGAUGCUGGGGGCUCUUGCCGAGCGCUGUGAAAUGCCAGAGGUGGACAGCAAGCUGGUGGAGAUGCUGGGCCAGCACCUCUUGCCCUGGAUGGAGCAGCUGUCCCAGGAGAAGCUGAACCCCAGCAUCUACGUGGGCCUGCGCCUCUCCAGCCUGCAGGCCAAGGGCAAGGAGGCCCUGUACCUGCACAGCCUCAAGCUCCACUACCAACAAAGCCUACUGGGGUCUGCCUCCAGUGAUGGUGACGACAACAGCAACUUCCAGGCUAAGCCCUCCAUGGGCCAGCUGGCCCUCUACCUGCUUGCUCUCAGAGCCAACUGCGAGUUCGUUGGGGGCCACAAAGGGGACAGGCUGGUCUCACAGCUCAAGAGGUUCCUGGAGGAUGAGAAGAGGGCCAUUGGGCACGAUCACAAGGGCCACCCCCACACCAGCUACUACCAGUACGGCUUGGCCAUCCUGGCCCUGUGUGUUCACCAGAAGCGGGUCCAUGACAGUGUGGUGGGCAAACUCCUGCACGCCGUGGAACACGACCACCCUUUGCACCAGGGCCACCUCUCUGUGGACACGGUGGCCAUGGCAGGCUUGGCCUUCACCUGUCUGAAACGCUCCAACCUCAACCCCGAGCAGAGAGAACGGAUCACCCUGGCCAUCAGGACAGUGCGGGAGAACGUCCUGCGGGCCCAGACACCUGAAGGCUACUUUGGGAAUAUUUAUAGCACGCCACUGGCACUGCAGUUGCUGAUGACCUCCUCCGUGUCCAGAGUGGGGCUGGGCACAGCGUGCCACAAGGCAAGGGCUGCCCUCCUGGCCAGGCUGCAGGACGGGACCUUCCAGAAUGCUCUCAUGAUUUCCCAGCUGCUGCCUGCCCUGAACCACAAGAGCUACGUGGAUCUCAUCUCCCCAGACUGCCUGGCAACAAGAGCCAUGUUGGAACCAGCUACUGAAACCCAUUUACAAACUCAAGUCCCAGAAUACAUCAGGGUCAUGCUGAAGGUCUCCAGUGUCUUGCCACCGUACAAGCACUCCAUCCCUGUCCCUGCGGGGUCCUCCUUGGAGGAUGUCCUGAAGAAGGCCCAGGAGCUAGGACCAUUCACGUAUGAAACACAGGCCUCCUUGUCAGGCCCCUACUUGAUCUCUGUGAUGGGGAAAAAGGUUGGGAAACGGGAGUUCUGGCAGCUUCUCCAAGCCCCUGACACCCCCUUGCUACAAGGUAUUGCUGACUACAGACCCAAGGAUGGAGAAACCAUCGAGUUGAGGCUGGUUAGCUGGUAGCCCCUGGGCUCACUCACCCUGGCAGCCCCGUGCACCUCUGGGUCUUUGCCCUUCCUCCAGAUGUCCCUGUAACAGGCAUUGCCUGACCCUCUGCCAUCUCCUGUGCACUUGCCCUGGAUCACCCCAGCUACCACCCCUGCCAGGGUCCUAAGCCAAGGCCCCCUGGAGCAGAGAGCCAAGCACCUUCCUCCAAAAGUCUCUGAGCCUGGGUCUGGAGCAGUCUGGCAUCCCAGGAAGGUCACCAUGGUCUGAAGGGCAUGAAGAGUCUCAGCCUCUUCUGGCAGAAAGAGAAGUCACUGGUCGACCCCUGGUGUCAUGAGUACCGCACUCUGGGAUUUUGGUCCUGCAGGAGGCCUCGGUGGUGGCUGCAGCUCUCACCCCAGCACUCCACUUUCGGCCUGGGCGAUACUCCAGGAUCACUGUGGCAUAGGAACUGGCCAGGACUCCACAGGCUGCUCAGUGCCCACCUCCUAAAUGAUUA